GGGGGUAAUCGCAGCUCAGUCCGCCAUUUUCUCGGCUUCUUGUUGCAGAUUCUGGUCACGAGGCAAACAGGGAGAGACUUUAUUUUCGGAAUUUCUGACAGAUUUGCACCGUUUUGUACCGAUUCUGCACGUUUUUAGUUUGUAACCGUGUCUAAGUCUGCCUCAGCAUGUCCCUGAACCCGGCUAAGAUGAAGGUGGCCGAGUUAAAGGCCGAGUUAGACGCGCGCGGCUUGGAAUCCAAAGGUCUGAAAGCUCAGCUUGUGGAACGUUUGCAGGAGGCGCUAGCUGUGGAGGCUUCUCUGGAGACUGCUCCGGGACCGGGCGGGGAAGAGGAGGAGGUGGAGGAAGCAGAGGAAGCGGGAGAGUCGGAGGAAGGCUCGGAGGAGUACGAGGAAGAAGGCGGAGGGGAGGAGGAGCAGGAGGAAGAACCGGCGGCGGCCGAGCCCGAAGCGCUACAGCAGCAGCAGUACCAGGAGGAAAGCAUGGAGGCUGGCGGUGACGCCGGGGCUGCCGAAGAGCAGCAGGGCGGGUUCGAGCAGUUCCAGGAGGAACCCCAGGCCGCUGCAGAGGAAGAGCAGCAGCAGGAACAGUGGGGAGAAGAUGCAGCAGAGAAGGAGCAAACAGAAGCUGAUGUCGCGCCACAGGAAACACCUGUGGAAUCCGAAACACCUGCGGAAUCUGAUACACCUGCAGAUCAGGAAAUGCCUGCGGAACAGGAACCAGAAACUACCGCGGAACAGGAAACUGCCGCGGAAGAACCCCAGGAAACGAACGAUAACGCAGACUCGACCGAGCCCGAGGUGACCCCCCAGCCAUCCUACACAGGUACAGGCGAGGUUUCGGAGGGCCAUGACCAGGACUACAUGGAGGGCGACGAGGCCGGCGGGGACGGCGAGGGCGAGCCUGCACCACCGGGCACGGGCGGCGAGCAGAAGGUGAUGAGCUACGAGGAGCGGAAGAGGAAGCGGGAGGUGGACCAGGCGGUCGCUGCGGAGUACCAGGAUGACAGGGAUGACUACAGAGCUCCUCGCCCGCCACCAGUUGAAGAAGAGGAGGAUGACAUUGAUGAGAACACCGUCGUUCUCGACAAAUACAACUCUGAUCUGCACUUCAAGAUCUCCCGUGACGGUCUGAAGGGUUACCCGCUUAACGUGGAGGGCUUCGCGUUCCUGUGGGCCGGGGCGCGCGCCACCUGGGGCGUCAAGGCGGGCAAGGUGUGCUUCGAAGUCAAGAUAACGGAAGACCUUGAUGUGAAGCACCUCCCAACGGACGAGCCGGACCCCGUGGUCAGCAGGGUGGGCUGGUCCAUCGACUUCUCCAGUAUCCAGCUGGGAGAGGAGCCGUUCUCCUACGGUUACGGAGGCACGGCCAAAUCCUCGACUGCCUGCAAGUUUAACGACUACGGGGAGCGGUUUGGUGCCGGAGACGUGAUGGGCUGCUAUGUGGACUUCACGGCGGAACAGCCCACCAUCUCCUUCACCAAGAACGGGGAGGACCAGGGCGACGCCUUCGUCAUCGAGGAGGAUAUGGAGGACCGCGCCCUCUUCCCGCACGUGCUCUGCAAGAACCAGUCCGUGGAGUUCAACUUCGGACAGCUGGAGGAGCCUUGGUUCCCCCUGAAGGAAGGGUUUGAGCUGAUCGAGAAGGUGGCUGUGGAGGAGAGGGUGAGAGGAACCAAGGGGCCGGAGACCAAGAAGGACGCUGAGACUGCAGGGGAGUCGACCGGGCCUGAGAUGCUGCUGAUGGUGGGCCUGCCGGGCUCGGGGAAGACGUACUGGGCGGAGAGCCACAUGAAGGGCAACCCCGAGAAGAAGUACAACAUCCUGGGCACCAACUUCAUCAUGGAUAAGAUGAAGGUUAUGGGCCUGCCCCGUAAGCGGAACUACGCGGGGCGUUGGGACGUCCUGAUCCAGACGGCCACCAAGUGUCUGAACAGGAUCAUCGAGAUCGCCUGCCGUAAGAAGCGCAACUUCAUCCUGGACCAGACUAAUGUGUAUGCGUCAGCAAGGAGACGAAAAAUGACCCCUUUUGAGGGUUUCCAACGCAAAGCUAUCGUAGUAGUGCCGACCGAUGAGGAAUUCAAAAAAAGGUGUGAGAAGCGUACGUCAGUUGAGGGCAAGGAGGUUCCAGACGAAGCCGUGUUGGAAAUGAAAGCUAACUUCACCCUGCCCCACACUGGGGAUCUGUUCGAGACUGUGGAGUACAUAGAGCUGCAAGAAGCAGAGGCUGAGAAGCUCGUUGACACGUACCGCGAGGAGGGGCGUAAGUACGGCCCCCCGCCCAAGCGCUUCCGGGACCAGCGCGGCGGACGGCCAGUUGUUACCCACAGAAACGUGGCUUUGACAGGUUCCGCCAGAACCAGAGGGGCGGCUACGGUCGCGGCGGGUACGGUGGAGGCGGUGGAUACCGCGGCGGCCGCGACUGGAGGGGAGGCGGCGGUGGUGGUUACCGUUGACAACUACCGUAACCAGGGCGGUUACCGCGACAACUACCGAGGUGAUCGUGACAGACAGCGAAGCGACAGAGGUGGUCGCGACUCAUGGGGCAGUCGCGACAAAGGCAGAUCUUAUAGCCAAGGCCGAUAUAACCAGGGCGGCGGCGGUUACAACCGGGACCGCAGCUACGGGUCGGGCGGCUACAACCGGGACCGCAACUAUGGAAACGGCAACUACAACCAGGGCGGUGGCUCGUACAACCGCUACAACCAGAGCAGCGGUGGCAGUUACAACCGGGGCGGCUCGUCGGACACGUCGAACUACGGGAGCUACAGCCAGCAAGGCUACGGCUCCCAGGGGUACGACCAGUCUGGGUACGGGAACUACAACCAAGGUUACGGGAACUACAACCAGUCCGGUUACAACCAGCAGGGCUACAGCGGGAACUACAACCAACAGUAUCAACAGUACCAGCAGCAGUACCAACAGUAUCAGCAAUACCAGCAGUACUACGGGAACCAGAAUCAGCAGGGGCAGCAGACACAGCAGUACCCCAACUACUACAACUACAACUACAACCAGAGCUCCGGGAGCAGCUCUUCCCGUUAGACCCCCCAUCACACCCUCCGUCUCGGGUUGUGUACCUUAGCAAUCAGUACAGCAGCUUAGAUACCAGUACCAGACCUGGACCUGUUUUGUAGAUAAGGAAGUAUACACAAGCCGUCAGUCUUUUUUAGUGGUGAGUUAUCAGGGGUUUCAUAUUCUUAUCGCAGAACAUGAGUAUUUACAAGCUUUCUUGAUUCUCAAGGGCAGGAUUGUCAAUCUUUGAGACAGGACUUUCUUUGCUUAUCUUAAGUCUAGAAAAAUGGUAUCCGUUUGUGCUUAAGCUGGUUCAGGUACAGGUAUUAAGGUACAGGUUUAGGUAUUAGGUACACAGCCCUCCCCCUGUCCCCCAUGAGCACGGGUGUGGGGAUCAGUAGUGCAUUCCAUCCACCCUCCGCGGUGACGUCUGUGGGCCCCUUGCGGGCGACCCAUGUAAUUACGUAGACUCUCUAGUUCGUGUAUCUUCCAUACUCGUUUUGAUCUGUAAGAAAUUUGAGCUGAGAAGAAGAAAAUAACACGUCUUGCCACUUCAUUGUUUAGUGAUUAUAGAACCCGGUGGUGUUUGUUUGUCGAUGAAAUACCUGUUGUAAAUAGGAAAUAAGCUUGCUUCUCAGUUUGGAGAGAAUUAAGACCGCAAUGUCGUGCUGAAAUGGCUUUCUUAGAAUGUUGACUACAUGUUUCGCAUGUCCUUAUCGUCUUUGAUCGAAGAUUAAGAUGAAGAAAGAUAACUUUAAGGGAAUCGUAUGUAGAAACUCAUGAAGUAUAUCAACGAUAAGUCUAGCAAUUUUGUUCUCACGGCGUACUAGUAUUAGAUUUUGCACAUGAUCGCAGCUACGUGGAAAUUUUUAGGUUUUCUCGUGCUUUUGUUUCUCCGUUUUAAGAGAUUUUAAAGAUAAUGCCUGGCAAACCGAUGAUGUACUCGAACUGAAGGUAAUUCUGGAGUAGGAGCUCUGUAAGGAGGAGAACUGUUGUCAAUUGUUGAUUUACCAGCACCAAUAAACUGGUGGUUUGCCAUCACAACUGUC